AUGUAUAUUCAACAAGAUUUCGAUCCACAUAAUAUAUCGAGCACUCUAGCAACGUCGACAACAACGUUCAGCCCUUUCGGCGUAACAAGCACAUCCAUUGCGGCUAGCACGUCCAGAACAUCCACCACAUCAAGCACCUCUACUACAUCAGUUACAACAACGUCAACUCUUGUCGUGCAAUGGAACAUAGUUGCUAUUACCCUAGUCGGUGUUACGGGCGUGAAUGACAAUGCAUUCAAUCAUCUCAGUUAUCCUUACGAUACAUUUCUGGAUUCAUCAAACUCAUUAUUCAUUACUACAUGGGGUAACAACCGAGUGAAAAAAUGGCCGUUCAAUGCUACAAACGGAUCGACAGUCGCAGGAUCAGUAUUGCAUUAUUUUAAUCGUUACGCUGUUGUUGUUGUUGCUUCAAAAGGAAACAUAUAUGUUUCAGAUCCGUAUAACAAUCGUGUUCGAUUUUGGUUAAAUAGAUCGUCUACAGGGACGAUCAUUGCUGGAGCAGGGAAUUUAUAUGUAGUUGACACUUUCAAUCAUCGUAUACAAUUUUUCCAGAUGGGUUCUACAAACGGUACUACUAUAGCUGGAAGAACUGGAGUAUUUGGAAAUAACGCAACCUUACUAUAUGUUCCCUAUGCGUUGAAACUUGAUAAUGAAAAUAAUUUAUACGUAGCUGAUACAUAUAAUCAACACGUACAGAGAUUUCCGAUCGGAUAA